GCUCCUGCUACCAUUGAAUCACUGACUUGGCUAACUAAAAUUGCUGAAAAGGAGCUUGCCGAGCUUACCCAGUCGCCACCAGAUGGCAUCAAGGUCGAAUUGGCCAACGAAGACAACCUCUAUGAAUGGAAAGUGACUUUGGAUGGUCCUGAGGGAUCCCCCUAUGAGAAUGGCCGAUUCAUCGUGAACAUCUCAUUGCCUACCUCAUAUCCUUUCAAGCCUCCGACUGUUUCUUUCGUCACCAAAAUCUACCACCCCAACGUUGACUGUGAAAAGGGAACUAUGUGUCUCGGAAUGUUGCGUGCUGACGAGUGGAAGCCUAGCUCAAAGCUUGCUGCAGUUUUGGAAUUCGUUCGCCAAUUGCUCGUUGAGCCGAUGCCCGACGAUGCGAUUGAAGCACAGAUCGCCGAGAAAUACAAGAAUGAUCGCAAGGACUACGAUAAGAUUGCUCGUCAGUUCACCAAGACCCACGCACUUAAGAAGUAG